AUGUCCCAAAAACUCAUUGAAAUCGACGGCCGAACAGGAGAGGGCGGGGGCCAGUUGGUACGCGUCGCCGUCGCCCUCGCCGCAGUGACAUCGCAAGGGGUCCGCAUCACCAACGUACGUGGCAAUCGGCCGUCGCGCGGUGGCGGCGGCCAUGGAGGUGGCGGUCUCAAGGCGCAACACGUCACCGCCAUCCGAUGGCUGGCUGAGACAGCAGAGGCGGACGUCGAGGGCCUCUCCGUCGGCAGCGAUACCCUCACCUUCGUCCCGCGGCUGCCCCCCUCGACCGCCCUCGCCGGCAAACCCCGCAACAUCAGGAUCGAUGCAGACACGGGCGCUGCGAGCACCCUCCUAAUCCUCCAGGCCAUCCUGCCGUUCCUCUUAUACGCCGCAGCGGAUGACGAUGACGGCGGCCCCGCGCCCAUCGAGCUGGAGGUUACAGGCGGCACGAACGUGGGUUGGUCGCUCUCUUACGAGUACCUCGACCAGGUCCUCCUUCCCCGACUGGAGUCCUGCUUUGGUAUACACGUCACGCGGAGGCUGAAGCGGCGUGGCUGGAGCCUGGGCCCGCAGAGCAGGGGGUCCAUCGUUCUCACCGUCAAUCCCUUGAGACUGGGCCAGACGCUGCGUCUUACGGAUCCGGGGGCCGCUUGCGGAGGCCUUCCCAGUUCCGAGGUCACCAACGUAGACGCCUCCAUGAUCGUCCCCUCGCACAUACACGCCGACCUGCAGAACGCCCUGGUGAGUGCCCUCACCACGUUCCUGCCCGACGCCGAGGUCGACUUCAAGGUCGUCGAGGACUCAGGCCACGACGCGCGCGUCUACGUGCUGCUUGUGGCGCGGUCCGCCUCGGGGCUCAGAUGGGGCCGCGACGUGCUCACGUCGAUCCCGAAAAAUGGGCGACAGCAGCGUGAACCCGUCGCCUCCCUGGUCUCGCGGAAAGUCGUCGGCGACUUGGUGAAAGAGCUCGCGGUACCGCGGUCCACAGCCGACGAGUUCCUGCAGGACCAGCUCGUCAUCUUCCAAGCGCUGGCCGACGGCCGGACGUCGUUCCCGCGCUGUCCCUUGGCGGGGGGUGCUGACGUGGAGGUCUUGGAGCAGGAUGUGGCGCAGUUGGAUGUUGGCGAGAGGAUGAGAAGGGACAGGGCGGACAAGCCGUUCGGGCAUGGCAGCUUGCACUCGCAGACGGCGAGGUGGGUGGCAUCGCAGAUCCUGCCGUCGGUGGAGUGGUACAACAAAGGGACGGAUUGCAAGGGGGCCGGAACGAGCGUCAGGUAG